AGAAGUAACCACAAAAAAAAACCACAUAGUAAAAAGGCGAAGUGCGUAGAGAGUGUCAGCGCUGUGCGGCUGUGCUCAUUUCUGUUGUGACAUUUCCGGUCCGCUGCGUGCUGCCUCCACACCUGCAAAACGACAGAUUUCGCAAAAAUACUACUACUACACAAAAUGCGGCGCAAGGGACUCGUUGCCGCUGCCGUCGUGAUGGUGGCGUUGGCUGCCGUAGUCUCUGCGCAAGACAUCCAACUCCCUGCUGUCAUCUACGACAACGCGGCGGGGGAGUGGAAUGUGGAGGUGUUGUCGUCGUGUCGGUCGCCGACGUAUGGCACGAUCAAAUUUCAAAACACAACGGCGCGCGUUGAAUGGGAGGACGAAGGGGUACCUGAUGUGCUGAUCAGCGGCCAAUCCACCGACGCACCGCUGAGCCUGGCCGCGCUGGCGGGCUUCAUGUCAAAGGACGGCAAGGAGUACUCGUACAUGACGUGCGAGCAUCAGGAAAACUACCUGUCAACCCCUCAGCGGCCUCAGAGUGUUGCGCAGCUGUCUUCGACGUUCAUGACCAUGUACACCGGUGUGCUGAGCAGCUCCACUCGUCAGUGGAGCUGCUCCUCUGGCGUUGAGCGCAACGUGGUGAUUGAGGCCUUUGGAGGUCCUUUGAAGGCGAACAGCCCAGGGCAGUGGAAGGUGCAGGAGGCGCUGUACUGGAUUGAGAUCGUCGUGGAGACGAAAGACCUCGUUGGGACCUGCGCGCACAUGCGGUCGACAGCGGCGGCAGAGACGACUUUAGAAAGCAAGAGGCGGUCUCGCAAGCAUCGCACCAGUCGCGGCUUCAACUCCGUCAGCGUCGCUGCUCAGGCAGACGAGGCGUUGACGGAAAGCGGCAUCGUGACGAUUCGCUUCAUUCGCCGCAGCGGUACCGCAGCGUCGUGGAUUACGCGCUACCACACGAUCAUCGUGUUCACCACCAUUGUGGUUGUCUUCCGCGUCGUGCACUCUUUCGUGUCGACAAGAGCUGCGAAAACGCCGCUGUGA